CAGAUACCCUGGGAAUCACCAAACCGGGCGUUCGGCUUUUCAUAUAUAUAGCUGUCUCAAAAUCUUUUUGCUGGACACGAGGAAACACCGGAACUCGUGUCAGACCGCCUUCGGAGAGGCCGAGGGUUCAGCUUGGUCUAUUCAUGACUGCAGAUCGCCUGUUGUCAGUCAUUCUUUCAGCUGUGCAUUCUCGUGGUUGAUCUUUAAGGGUCCGGUUGGGUUGUUGAGAAUUUAUAACCUUUUCUGUCUCUGAACCUUCCGCUAGAGCUUCGUUGCCUGCCCAUCAAUCCACGAAGAUAUUAGCUUUUUCGGCAAUGAGUCACAUUAGUGAAUCGCAGCUGCAUGGUGAACGACUUUCAACACAAUAUAUAGACAAUCACCGGAUGCUCUUUCACUGUUUUUCACGCUGUUUUCAUGGUGGUACAUCAUUGAGGUUUUAAAUCUUCUGUUUGAUUUGACCUUCCACAACGACACUCUGACCUAUCAAGUUCAGCUUACCUCAAAAACCCACCCUACUAGGUAUCAACAGAGGCGACAAAAUGAAGCCUGUGGAACUAGACGGAAGAACAGGAGAGGGCGGUGGACAGGUUGUAAGAGUCGCAAUAGCAAUAGCUGCCUUGACGGGACAGGCUGUCACCAUCACCAACGUCAGAGGAAAUCGAGAACGUGGAGGUCUCAAGAGCCAACACGUCACGAGCAUUCAGUUCCUCGCGAAGAUAACAGAUGCAGAUGUGGAGGGCCUAAGUGUAGGUUCCAAGACAAUAACCUUCGCUCCACGACGAGGACCCACAGAACUAUAUCAACGCAAUAUCAAUAUAUCAGCAGAGUCAGGUUCUGCGAGUACUCUCCUCAUUUUGCAAGCAGUCCUCCCGUUUCUGAUCUUUGCCGGCAAUGAUUCUGAGGAAUCAGUCGAACUUUCAAUAUCUGGUGGAUCCAAUGUGUCUUUUUCACUUAGUUUUGAAUAUCUGGACCAAGUUUUCCUGCCAACAUUGGAGGAACGAUUUGGAAUUCAUGUUGAAAGGGCGUUAGAAAGACGUGGAUGGAGCCUCGGUCCGCAGUCGAGAGGUCAGAUACGUCUCAAAUUUCAUCCGUUGACGAUUGGUCAAACUCUGCGAUACAAAUCCCCAGAGCAACGCAGUUACCCUGAGUCCUAUGAGAUCAAGUCUAUUGAUGUCAGCAUGGUGGUACCUGGCAGCACACUCGAGAGACUCCAGGCAUCACUGACAAGGGGCCUGGGGGACCUCUUUUCUGGAGCAGAUGCCCAUUUCAAGCAUGUUGAAGACACGAACCUAGAUUCACGGUGGUACAUACUGCUUGUGGCCCAUUCCACAUCUGGGGUCAGAUGGGGACAUGACUGGCUUGGAUCAAUACCGAAAAAGACUAAGAACAGGGAUAUGUUCGCCGAUCAGGUAUCAAGAAAGCUGUGUCGGGGUUUGUACGAUGAGGUAGCUGUUGGUGGUCAAGUGGACGUUCAUCUUCAAGAUCAAGUGGUCAUUUUCCAAGCACUCUGUGAGGGAUACUCUUCGUUCCCUCGAGGAGAUGCCCCAGAUAAAUCUCCACCUGACACACUAAUCGAUGCCAUGGGAAACCUGGAUAUUGGUACUGGCAGAAUGAGAAAGGAAAAGACGCAUGAGCCCUUCGGUUACGGCUCUCUUCAUACGCAAACAGCCAGGUGGGUUGCAAGCGAGAUGUUGCCGAGCGUUGAGUUUUACAACAAAGGCAACCUGGUGAAAGGGGCGGGUAUAUCAAUGAAAUAGACUCUGUUGAGAGCUUGAUAUUGCAUACUUAUGACUCAAUGGUAGUUCAUCACAAACGGGUAUGAAUGUGGUUAGAUAAGGCCAAAACACCAAUGAAAGCAUGCAUUUUGUUGAGCGGUGUGGGUUGGAAUGUGACGUGGCUGCCUGAGGAUGGCCUCACACAUGAGCAAAAGUUUUAACUGGAUGAGAAUUACGCUGUAUAACACGAUUAUUUUCGUUGGGUAUAAGUUGGUCAUCUCCUGCCAACCUCAACUUUGUCUGUGGUUGAUGCCACCAUAAUGUGUCCGAUCCUUAGUGUUCUCAUAGCAGGCCUCGAUAAUUAUGGCUGUUGCACUUUGGCUACACACUACCCCCAAAAUAAUGCUCAUCAGGAUGAAGGAACAUCACCGAACCGGAACUGCGACCAUCCGAAGCUGCCUUCAUGUAAAGUCCAUAUCUGUUUUCCCCAGUCCUCACUGGCGGCGCCUGCAGCGAUGAAAACUGGCAUAAGGUGGUCCAUGAAAGGGUGUGCUUGUUUGGCAUCUCCCCGCUUACAUAUCGCCGCCAUCUUUUCCUCUCGGAUAGCUGGGUCGGCCUCCACGGCCUCCUUGAGAGCGUUAUCGAAGCUCACAACAUAUGGGAGUGGCUCCGUGUUACCCUCGAACAUGUGGUACAUGUCACGUAAGUUGUGUACUGACAUCCCGGCUCCGAUGAUGACUAUUCCCUCAUCCCGAAGUGCAGAUACAGCACGUCCGAGAGCGUAGUGAGCAUGAGGAUCUUCGUUUUUGAAGAGCGAGACUUGAACAAGUGGUACGUUGAGUGGAUUCGUUUCUGGGUUGAAAGCUACAACCUGUUAGAGCUUCACCUAUGGGCGUUCGUUGUUUAGAAAAGCGCACCAACAUGGAAUCCAGAAAAUACACCAUGAUCAAGACCUCGCUCCAUUCCAUAGGAUUGGAUACCAGCCUCUGAAAGCAUGACCAUAAUCUUGCUCGCAAGCUCGGGGCUACCCUUGUUCGGAUAUUGAGCUUUA